AUGCCUCCCUUUCGGCGGGCGUCUUCCAAGGAUAGGGACGAGACAUACACGGAGAAUGUAUCCCAACCAAAACGGCAGAAAGGCAACUCGGGAAGAAUAAUAGUCCCCUCGCCAAACGUACGCGUCACAAGAGCCUCUUUGUCACUCAAUGGCCUGCUAGAUUUUUUUCGAGUUGGAAUCGAGAGCCGCGCAUCUGAUGGCCCAGCGAAUAGUUCUGAGGAGGCCGGUGAUUUUGAACGUUUUAUGGCUUCUGUGAUACCACAAUGUUUGGAAGUACGCUCCCAGACACAGGACAACGACUGCAGAACGGACGGUGUUGGCACUUCUCUUCGACCAUUAUCUCGAUACGAGGUGUCAGCUGCGAUAAAGCACGCGUGCGCGUUGGGUGCGGCAACUAUUCCUUCGCCUGUGCAGGCAGCUAUAUUAAGAAAGCUUCAACUCCAUCGGGAAAGGCGUAGAACAGGUAUUCAGGGGCUAAUCUCUGUUGAUUCCAAUUCUUUGACCUCCCUGGCCCCGCAAUUUCCGCCUCAGUCACCCCCAUCAACGAUCUUUAAUUCGCUCGCCUCCAUCCGCACCACGCAUUACGAAACCUCUUUCUUAUCACGCCUAUGUGGCCAUAGACCAUCCAAAGAUUGUGGACUAAUUGCAGUAGAUUGGGAAACUAGAUCUCCUUGGAUGGAAUUGAUGGCAGAUGUGCGAGCACACUACUCCUAUGCACACCCUGCACGAGCUCAAUCACCUGAAGUUCCGAUUCCCAUUCGUUACGUCUCUCUGCAGCCGUCCCACCUUCAACAGGUACACGAACUACUAGCUAGAGUAUUUUGGGAUGGAAUUGAUGUUAGCGACUUGCUUCAGUAUUCUCCCGAGCGCUGCUCUGUAAUCGCCGUGUAUGGGAAAACUGUAGUAGGCGCGGCGCUUUUGAGCUCGCCUCAGGAAGUGUACAUCACGUAUCUAGCUGUUAGAGCAGGCUGGCACAAUUCACAGAUAGCAACGACUAUGUUAUAUCACCUGAUUACGCUCAAUCCACACAGAGACAUCACUCUUCAUGUAGCCGCUAAUAAUCCAGCAAUGUUGCUGUACAACAGAUUUGGGUUCAAGGCUGAGGAGUUCAUCGCAGGGUUCUACGAAGAUUACCUGGACUCUCAGUCGAGGGCAUCUAUGAACGCCUUCAGAUUGCGUCUUCGGCGAUGA